GCAGGGGCAGGCCUUGUUGUGAGGGAGAGACAUGGGAGUCUUUUUCGAGGUACGAAGUAGGGUCUGUGGUAGACUAGCCAGAUCUCUCUCCCUUCCAUGACGGGCACGUGCCCCUCCUCAGACCGUUGAGCUCGAAGCCUUUUUAUUGCUGUUCGGCAGAUAUUCUUGCUGCCGGCCGUGUUGCCUGUCGUCCUGGACACUCGGCGUCGUUCCUCGAUCCGCAAACAAUCUUUCCCCUUUUUCCUGUCGGUUUUGCAAGCCCAAAGGCAAAGGUGCCUUGCUCCAGAAUAGCUUCGAGCAUCUUGGGGGCAUCUUGAGCUUCUGUACCGAGUCAAAGGGCACAUGUUGAGGAACCUAGGCGUCUUGUGCGUGCUUGUUUGUGCAUUCCUCGUCGCCGUCCCGCAACCAUAGAAAACAUUUGAGGUCCCGGCAGCAGCAGCCCCUUUUCCAGGUCCCCCCCCCCUCCACACCCACACCCGCCCGGUCAGGCAAGCGACCCCUCCUUGCCUCCUUGCCUCCCUGCCCGCUUGCCCGCUUGCCCGUUCCCCAACAAUGAUACACCAAGACGGCGACAACGGCCGUCGCGCCGCCGCCCGGUCUGACCAACACCCACCCGUGCGCUUUAUUUCCCAGACUUACGACGGCUCCGACUCCGAAAACUCGGCCCGCCAGCUCAUCCUGUCCCUGCGACCCGAGUGGUCGUCAGACGACUCCAACAUUGAGUUUGUGCGCUUCACCGAUGGCAUCACAAACACCUUGCUCAAGGCCGUCAACAAGCGCCCCGGCCUGUCCAACGAUGACGUCGACCGGGAGGCCAUCCUGCUGCGUGCAUACGGCCACGGCACCGACUUGAUCAUCGACCGCGCCAGGGAGACGCAGAACCAUGAGUUGCUCUCGCGCCACGGCCUGGCGCCAGAGCUGCUGGCUCGCUUCAACAACGGCAUGAUGUACAGGUUCAUCAAGGGUAGCGUCACCCACCCCGAGGACCUGAGGCGCCCCGACAUAUACCUGGCCGUGGCGAGAAGGCUGGCCCAAUGGCAUGCCACAGUGCCCUGUCUCCCCGGCAAGACGCACAUCAGCGACAAGAUGGAUGUCCACUGCGUUGACAUGCUCGACGGCGCUGCGAACAAGCACCCCACCCUGCAGGAGGCCAUAGACGCUGCCGCCCCUGGGAAGCAGGCCCCUAACGUGUGGACUGUCAUGCAGAAGUGGAUCUUUGCCCUUCCAACCAAGACCGCCGCCCAGAGGGACCGCCAACAACGGCUACAGGUCGAGCUGUCCAAGCUGGUAACUGAGCUGAGCCGCCGGCCAGGCCUGGGAAAGGACGGUCUGGUCUUCGCGCAUUGCGACCUGCUAAGCGGGAAUGUUAUUGUCCUGCCCAAGGGCGGCGCUCAAGACUCUGGCAUCAUCAGCAAUGGCACUGCAGACGGCACGGGCGAGAACGUGACCUUUAUCGACUAUGAAUAUGCCGUGCCCUCCCCGGCAGCAUUCGAUCUGUGCAACCACUUUGCCGAAUGGGGCGGUUUCGACUGCGACUACAAUGUCCUACCCUCCAAGUCCCAACGGCACGAGUUCAUCACCGAGUACGUCCGUUCGUACUACAGUCUCCUCCCCGAGCAGCCCGAGCACGACGAGACGUCCGAGAUCCAGAAACUAGCAGACGAGGUCGAUUUGUUUCGCGGAGUUCCAGGCUUCUACUGGGGCAUCUGGGCACUGAUCCAGGCAACCAUCUCGGACAUCGACUUCGACUACGCCUCGUACGCAGAGAUCAGGCUGGGCGAGUACUGGGCCUGGAAAGCCGAGGUUGAUGGGAGCCGAGCUUCAGAGGGUAAAGAGCUCCCGCUGCGAGAAAGGCGGUGGGCUGAGCAGUAAGGCCUUCCAGAAGCUUAGCAAGGGGGCGGCCGCCACCAACUCAGAGCGGGAUGUUCCCGAGGAGAUGGGGACAGGUUCCCAGCCAUUCAACAUGCUCUCCAGAGUCAAAAAAGCAAACCAGUACAUAGGCAUGCGCGUACAUCAACGCACGAUAAUAUAAUUGUCCUUUUCAAGCGAGUACCGACGCAAUUGGGCCCAGGCCAUCAGGCGGAGAGCAUUCCACCUUUUUGAGAAUGCAGUGGGACCCGUUGACCUCUUGAGGAACUUGAGUGCGUCCAGCCCUCACGGCCAAAAGUCGAAGGCCUCGGCUUCGAGAAGGAAACCAAAUCAUCCUGUCUACUGGAGUUGGGUCACCACAGCAGGGAUAUAGAGACAUUACAUGCCAGUAGUGGGUUUCAGGACGACCUCCUCAACCCAGGGUGCGCUGUGGGUGGUGCUUUCGCACACUUCUGGUAUAAGACGUUACUGCAUAUGCGGUUGCAAGUGGCUACUGCAGCUGUUCAGGCGGUGGCUGAGGAUCGCCUUCUCCAUUCGCCCAGGGCAUCGCCAACCCCUGGGAACCGCCAGCAGCAAGUUCAACACUGCGAAAUUGCCACAGUGCGGUACUGCGGCGUGGUACUGCGGCAGCAGGGAUCCAUCGCAUUCCUAAAAGCAGGCAUCACCUACCGUACUGCAACGACGGACACAUAUAUUGUGGCUAGGUCCGCCAUGGCUCGAACGCGAAGAUAAGUACGCUAUUCUUCAAUAGGUCCACCCGGCCAGAUUCUAGGACAAGGCUGCCAUAAUAGUCCAAGGAGCGCAUGGUAAUAACCCUAAUCAUAGGGAAACCUUGGCCCAUCUACAUUCUUGCAUGAUAUAGCUUCAUUCGGAGCCAUCUCCAGGUUUCCUUGGGACAUCUGGUUCAACUCUAUAUAGCUUCGACAUAUUUACAAAUUAUUCCGCCAACACUGCGCAACCAAGUCAUAUGUGCUAGAAAAUGU